AGCAGCAAUGAAAUAAAGAAAAGCUUGUCACAGAGUAAAGAAUCAAAAAGCUGUUUGAAGAAAUCCAGGAAAAGAACGAGAGAAGAGAUUUGUCGAUCGAGAGGCCCAAAGAAAAGAAAGUCAGACGGCGCGGAAGAAACAGCAAAUUAAGAUUAUUUUCAAGAACACAAUGGCAGUUUCAAGAUCCAUGAGGUCCCUUAUCAAAUACAUCAUUGGAAUUGCAGUCGGAAUUUUCACCAGCUCCUAUUUCAUUAACACGGUCAAAUUACAUAUUCAAGGCACCACGCAAAAUGAUCAUAAUCGCUACAACUUCCAUCAUUACUGGCUUCAUGGAAAUGGAAUGAUGAAUUAUAGUUCAAAGAGAAAUCACUCGGCAUCAGAUGAUUUGUACAAGAAGGUGCGCAUCCUUUGUUGGGUGAUGACGGCACCUGCCAACCUGGAGACUAAAGCCAGGCACAUCAAAACCACCUGGGGCAAGCGCUGUAACAUCUUGCUGUUCAUGAGCUCCGAAAGCAACCCGGACUUCCCUGCAAUUGGACUGGAAACCAAAGAGGGCAGAAAUCAGCUAUACCGCAAAACCAUUAAAGCCUUCCACUAUGUGCACCAACAUCACAUUGACCAGGCCGAUUGGUUUCUGAAGGCCGACGAUGAUACCUAUGUCAUCGUUGAGAAUCUCAGGCUCCUGCUCUCCAAGUACAGCCCCGAUGAUGCUGUGUACAUGGGCAGGCACUUUAAGAUGUACCACAAACAGGGCUACAUGAGCGGAGGGGCGGGUUACGUUUUGAGCAGGGAAGCACUGAAAAGGUAUGUGACAGCCUUCAAAGAUGAGACCUGCCAUCAUACUUCCCAUGUGGAGGACGUGGCGCUGGGAAAAUGCAUGGAGACACUUGGAAUUGGACCAGGAGAUUCCAGAGAUAACCACCAACGAGAGACGUUUUUGCCCCUUUCACUGGAGAAUCUUUUGGUUCGAGGUCGGUAUGACAAAAACUUCUGGCUCUGGAAGUUCACCAAUUACACAUCUGGAGACGGGCCUGAGUGCUGCUCAGACUUGGCAAUUUCUUUUCACUACAUAAAUCCUGCAUUCAUGCACCUUCUGGAGUUCUACAUUUAUCAUCUACGUGCUGUGGGUUACAAGUACAGAAAAAUCACUGAUUUCCCAAACCCACCCAAAGUGGUGGAAGGGAAAAGCAACCAGUGACAAUAUAACAACGGCAAACUGCUCCGGAAGCUUGCUGCAAUGUCACUUCAUCUUCCCCGAACAAAUGUCCCGUUGAGUCUCAAGAAGGGCCCCGACCCAAAACGUCACCUAUCCAUGUUUCCAGAGAUGCUGCCUGACCCGCUGAGUUACUCCAGCACUUUGUGUCCUUUUUCCAGUUGAGAGAAUUGUAUCUUCUUUACAAAUAUCUUGUGAUAACAAUAGUUUGCAUUUACCUAAUGUCUGAUAUACAGUGAAACACUUCAUGGUACUACCGUGGACAUAUCGGAUUGACUUGUUAUUGUCACAUGUGCUGAGAUACUGAGGUGGGAAGCUUUUGCUUGCAAGCUAUCCUAUUAAAUCAGAUAAUACUGUACAAGAGUACAUUCAUGCCAAAUACUAGUACUAUAGGUAGCGCGCAACGAGAAAAAUGCCAGGUGGAGGGUUAAGUAGUAUUAAGUAAAUAGAGCAUCAACAAAAGGACAAGUUGGGAGAGUGGGCAAAGAAGUGGCAAAUGGAUACAGCGUAGCAAAGUGUACGAUCAUGCACUUUGGAAUAAGCAAUAAAGGCGUAGACUAUUUUCUGAAUGGCAAGAGGAUUCAGAAAUCAGAGGUGCAAAGGGACUUGGGAAUGCUGGUGCAAGAUUCCCAAAAGAUUAAUUUGCGGGUUGAGUCAGUUGUAAGGAAGCCAAAUGCAAUGUUAGCAUUCCUUUCAAGAGGUCUAGAAUAUAAAAGUAAAGGGCCUCCCACUUAGGCGAUUUUUUAGGCGACUGUCAUCGUCGUAGCAGGUCGCCGAAAAGCCCGCGACUGGACACCCCCCACUACGACAAUGUCUACGACAAGCUACAACAACCUACCACCAAGUCGACAUCAAGCUACCGACAAUCGGCGACCCAUUAGGACGUCCGCCUACGAAACCUACGAUGACACAGGCGCCAACCUACGACAACCGAAGUCAACCUACGUCCACCGGCGACAAGCUACAACCCUGUCGGCGACAACUGAACACAAUUCAGUCGGCGGUACCUGUCGCGGGUUGACAUAGGUUGAUGUUGAUAGUCGCCAAUGGAAUUCACCGAAGUCAGCACCUGUGACAACCUACGUCACCUGGCGACAACCUACAACAGUAGCUACAUCAGGAGA